AUGGCUGCCAUUGAAAAUAGAACCAUUGACGACUAUAUUAACCUUUUAAUUGCAAAAUAUUUGAAAGCAAAGGGUCUUGAUGAGUCACUGGGUGUCUUUGCAAGAGAAAUGUCGUUGUCAAGGAAUCUGAUUAACUCCUUUGAUGAAUCGAAUUUAGAGAAUUUAUUUGAUAUUGUUUCAGACAGAAUUCAAUUCAAUGAAUACAAUGUAGCCAAUUCUUUGAAAUCAUUAAAACUUAAUGAAAUUGUACCACAGUUUAGUGACAAGGUAAUUCCAUAUGUACCAAAAUGGGACUUUCAAGACUCGGAUUUUAUACUAGACUGCAUCGAUUCAUCUGUUGAUGGUUUGACGAUACUCGCUAGGUUUACUUCAAAUGCUGGUGAAUUAUUGCUCUCUACUUCGCAAAAGAAAGUGCUUGUGGCUGAAACGAGUGAUAAUGCAAUUGAAAAAAUUGGAGAGUUCGACUCUAAUAAGGAACAAAUUGGUAUCGUUAAAAUAUGUGGAUAUUUGGCAAGCGGGAAAUUCUAUUAUUCAUGUGGGUUAGAUGGGAAAUUAUCCUUAUAUGAUAAUUCAAGAAUGCAUCUGUCAUCUAGCGAUUGGAAACUCCAUAGUCGAAUUAUUACAUAUUUAGAUAUUAUUCCAAGGGAGGAUUCUUCUUCCUCAUGGCAUGUUAUCUCAUGUGGGUUUGAUAAUAUGUUAAAAUUAAGCAUUCUACAGAGAAAUAAUGAAGGAAAGUACGAGUUAAGAAUUCUAUCAGAGUUGAAAAUCGCAUCACCAGUUGUUACUGUUAAAACAACACUAAUUGCAAUUAAAGAUUCCUUCCUCACGCCAAUGGUGUUUCUAGCAAGAUCAGAUUAUACUAGAAUAGUUGCGUAUUCUGUAAUCAACGAUAAGCUUGCAUUGAGUUAUGAAAUUGCUUUAAACAAUACGCAAUUCUCUACACAUUCUUUUAAUGUGAGGGAUUUUGAGGUGUUGAAUACUAAGACGGUUAACGGUGUGAAUAAUGUCCAAACUGAGAAUAGCAUGCUAGCUAUAUGUACCUCACACACACCAUAUAUGAGGAUGAUUCUUGUGAAAUUACCAAUUGAGAUUAACGAAAAGGAGGGCAUUGACCAGAAUAGUUUAACUUCUACAAAAACUAAGGUGUUUUACGAUAAAAUUUUAUUUAACAUGGCAACAGAGAUAGAGCAAGAUGGAUAUUCGCAACCCAUUGUGAAAAAAAUGCCAAACUCAAACUCAAUAAUAAUAGGAACAGAUAACGGUAUAUAUGCAUCUGAUAUUCAAAAUGGCGAAACAUGGUUCUUAGACGUUCCUGGAAAUGACGUCUCAAAAAGAAUAAAGUCUAUGGAUACAAAUAAUGAGAUGAGUAAACUUGUGGUUGCUUAUGCAGAUAAGUCUAUAAAUUUAUAUUCGAUUACAGGUAAAUAA